AUGAGUGAGGGUUUUCACGGACAAAGCAUGGACAACGCACUCCUCCGCAUGGUGGUUGACACCAUCCGGGGAAUAUCGGGAGGACACGGCGAGGACGACGAGAGGAGACUGAGAACUUUGGGAGCGAUGAAGCAGCUGAGUGUUUUUCAUGCAAGCAAAGUGACGGCGUGGAGAGAUGCUCUCCGAGGGUGCAUUCCCGACAAAGAGCCACAGGGGGGCGCGCUUUCUCCAGAUGACAUUCAAUGCAAAUCCACUCAUUUUCUGGACUGUGGCAUUUAUUGGAGUGUUAUGGAUGAUUUAGAGCACAUUCGUGACCAAUUUAACACUAUAUUCAACAAGCUGGACACUGAAAUAAUAAAAGUGAGUACAGAAAGAGCUGCAAGUGAGGACUUGAUAGAAACCAACAGUAAAGGGACACCUCAAGAGGCCCAGUCAGGGUGUGAAGAACAGGCUAAAGAUGGAGAAGAUCAAGGCCGUGCCUCUUUUACCAACAAUGAUGACACAGAAGGUGGACUGAACUUCAAAGAUCAAAGUUGUGACGGAAAAAGCAAAUUGGACAGUGUCUCUGAGGAUAUACAAAAGAAGAUGAGCAAAGAAUGGAUCACAGUCGGACUCGAGAACUCGGAUAUACUGGGUGAAUGCUUCAUACAAGCACCUUUGGGUGUGGCUGAAGUCCUGCGCUGUGAAGUGGCCGACGCCCUAAGCUGCCUGAUGGUGAGCGAUUCAGAGGAGCUGGUCAGCAGAGUGAUCAGGGUCAGAGUUGAAGACUGUGGUGCCAUCCGCUACCCUCUGACUGUGGCAAUUCCCUUCUGUGUGCGUCACCGCGGCACCUACAGGACCAUCGCUGUCAAGCUGGUGGACCGCGAGAGAAGGGCCAGCUACCUCACUCCUAUGACAACAGAGAGCUCACACGGUGGACAGAGGGGCUCUUUUGCAGAAGUGAAGGUGUACUCACUGGGCCUGUUUGCCGUGGUUUCCUGUCUUAAGCGAGAACACUUCACAGUUCCUACACGGGGCAUGUCUCACAAACCUCUCGUGGACCCUCGCAUCUGCCUCUACUACCUCCCGGGAUCCUUCACGGCUUCUGUCAUGGUGCAGUACAUGAUCCAGCCACUUGACGCCGUCCUUCUGGCCACCAUCAAGUCCAAAAGUGAAGCCUACCGCAGGGUGGUGUCCACCAGCCCGCUCCUCUGCCUUGCCCACCCGUCCUCUCAGCCCCUGCUCAGACCCCUCAUGGUGACACUUCCCUGUCCGCCAAAUCCUGACAAGUGGAAAGACAUGAGAGGGCAGGUGGACCUUGUGAAGCGUUUACUCACUCUGCCUGCAGCUGGCCCUGCAGUAUCAUCUUCCCAGCAGAGGAGGAUGCUGGGCUCCUCUAUUCAGUCCUCUAAAGAGAACCCUGCUGAGCUUCUGAGCGUGCUGUGCUGCAAAGACCAUCAAUGGAGCGUCGCGGAGGGAAUCGUCAUCCAGAGCCAUCAGAAUGGCCUUGUGUCUUUUGAACUGACGGAGAACUUUGACAGACUGCUGGUGGUCCGCCUCCUCUCCCCGCUGCAGCCUUGCCAGCUCACAUCCCUGGCAGAGGACCUGGUGGACUCAGUGCGUGGCCACCUGGUCAGAGUGGUCAUCCAGCACCGCCAGGGUGAGCCCCGUGCCGUCCUGGUGUCCGCCUUGCCGAGCAGGGAGCUCAGUUGGGAAAUGUCCAGGCUGCAGGCAGGGGGUGACAGUGCAGCCCCGCAGACGUCACCGGAGAUCUGCAUGCGGGAGGGAGAUCAGCUUGUCCUACGCCUUUGCGGGAAUGUCACCUGUGCAGAUUGGAUUUGGUGCCAUAUCAUGCUUGUAUGCUCCAAGCAGCCUGAGAAACCAGGUAUUGUAGCUUUCUGCACGGAUGUAUCAGUCAAGCUGUUUUGCUUCAGCAGCAUCCGACAGCGAUUUGACAGCCCGCCGGAAGGCCUGACCUCGCAAUCCCAUUCCUUUCAGGAGCUUGGUUGUGGACGUAGCAACGAAGCCUCUGCACCUAACUUCAACUGGAAGCACUCAGGACCUCGAGCGAGCAAGUGUGGCGUUCUAGAAGAGCUCAUCACCUUCCACAGUCAGCGCAGGAACGAGCUGCUGGUGCCCCUGACUGAGGUGGACCCCUUCGGUAACUACAGCUCACCUCACUACAAGGGCGCGGCCGUAUUCUACAAGGCUACCAGAGGUCAGGCGGAGUGGCGAGGGGACAAGGCGGUUAGCGUGAACGUGGAGAACCUGGGAGAGCCUGUGUGCACGCUGCCUCUGACUCUGCCGAAGCGAGUCCGAAGCAUCAGACGGCCCGUCACGCCGAGGAUUUCACUCUGUGACAGGACAGACUGCCUCCCAGACUCGCUCCUCCUCUGGCUGUCGGGGGAGCUUUCAGAAGAAGAAUUAGGCCACCUGGCGCAUUCUCUGCGCCUUCGCCGUAGCUCCGCCCAGCUGGUAAAGCUCCGGGCCGGGGACAACCUUCCCGGCGAGGCCUUCCGCAUGUUGACCAUGUGGAGGAGGGAACUGCCUGCUUCCUUGCUACGGCCCAAGGCCUCCCAGCUGGCACGCUGCUUGGCCAGGAGCGGCAGGCCCGACCUUGCUGCAGAGCUGCUGUUACGCCAGGCAGCGACCUCAGAAAAUCUGAAAUAA